AUGGCGCUGAAGAAGUCGAACAAGCUCAGCCAGGCGGCGAUGCUGAAGCAGAUCCUGAAGAGGUGCUCCAGCCUGGGCCGGAAGCAAGGGGGCGCCGGGUACGACCAGGAGGGUCUGCCGGUGGACGUCCCCAAGGGCCACUUCGCCGUCUACGUGGGGGAAAACCGGAGCAGAUUCAUCGUGCCCAUCUCCAUCCUCAGCCACCCCGAGUUUCAGAGCCUCCUCCAGCGCGCAGAGGAGGAGUUCGGCUUCGAUCACGAGAUGGGCCUCACUCUCCCCUGUGACGAGGUCGUCUUCCGCUCCCUCACGUCCAUGCUCCAGUGA